AAGUUUAUAGAGUUUGAGGAUGCACUGGAGCAGGAGAAGAAAGAACUACAAAUCCAAGUGGAACACCUUGAAUUUCAGACUCGACAGCUGGAGCUGAAGACCAAAAACUAUGCAGAUCAGAUUUCACGACUGGAGGAACGUGAGUCAGAAAUGAAGAAAGAGUAUAAUGCUCUACAUCAGCGUCACACAGAGAUGAUACAGACCUAUGUGGAACACAUUGAGCGCUCCAAGAUGCAGCAGGUUGGUGGAAGUAAUCAAACUGAGGGGAGUCUGCCUGGAAGAAGCAGGAAGGAACGUCCUAAUUCUCUGAAUGUCUUCCCCCUCGCGGAUGGCAUGGUACGUGGGCAGAUAGGGGCCAAGAUCGUCCCAACACUGGACCACUGGCACCUGAGUGACCUCGGCCAGCUGCAGUCCAACUCCAGCUACAAGUGCCCCCAGGAUGAAAUGUCUGAAUCUGGGCAGUCCUCAGCAGCUGCCACACCGAGCACCACUGGAACCAAGUCCAACACUCCCACCUCAUCUGUGCCCUCUGCUGCUGUCACACCCUUGAAUGAGAGCAUCCAGCCCAUCAGUGACUACAACGGCAUGACCAAGAGCAAUAAGAGGGCACGAGAAAAGCGAAACAGUCGGAACAUGGAAGUCCAGGUCACGCAGGAGAUGAGGAAUGUCAGCAUAGGAAUGGGCAGCAGUGAUGAGUGGUCCGAUGUUCAGGACAUCAUCGAUUCUACUCCAGAGCUGGAUAUGUGUCAAGACCCCCGCCUGGAACGCACUGGUAACAGCCCAACACAGGGAAUUGUGAACAAAGCGUUUGGCAUCAACACAGACUCUCUCUAUCAUGAACUUUCCACAGCAGGGUCCGAGGUUAUCGGUGAUGUUGAUGAAGGAGCAGAUCUGCUAGGGGAGUUCUCAGUACGGGAUGAUUUCUUUGGAAUGGGCAAAGAAGUGGGGAAUCUGCUGUUGGAGAACUCGCAACUACUGGAAACCAAAAAUGCUUUGAACAUUGUGAAGAAUGAUUUGAUUGCCAAGGUGGACCAGCUGUCUGGAGAGCAAGAAGUACUGAAGGGAGAGCUUGAAGCAACAAAGCAGGCCAAAGCCAAAAUGGAAACCAGAGUCAAGGAGCUAGAGGAGGAGCUGAAAAGAGUGAAAUCUGAAGUGAUUGUUGCCCGACGAGAACCCAAAGAGGAGGUGGAGGAUGUAAGCAGCUAUCUCUGUACAGAAUUGGACAACAUUCCCAUAGCUCAGCGCCGCCGCUUCACCCGCGUGGAAAUGGCCCGGGUUCUGAUGGAACGCAAUCAGUACAAAGAGAGGUUGAUGGAGCUCCAGGAGGCUGUCAGGUGGACAGAGAUGAUCAGAGCUUCCCGUGAGCACCCAUCCGUCCAGGAGAAGAAGAAAUCCACCAUUUGGCAGUUCUUCAGCCGCCUGUUCAGCUCUUCCUCGAGUCCCCCACCAGCAAAGCGGACCUACCCAUCUGUGAACAUCCACUACAAAUCUCCAACAACAGCAGGCUUCAGCCAGCGUCGCAGCCACACCAUGUGCCAGAUUUCCUCUGGCAGCCGCACCCUGGAAUUCUUCCCUGAAGAUGACUGUACGUCCUCAGCACGUCGUGAGCAGAAACGGGAGCAGUACCGCCAGGUCCGGGAGCACGUGCGGAAUGAUGACGGGCGAUUGCAGGCCUGCGGCUGGAGCCUCCCUGCCAAGUACAAGCAGCUGAGUCCCAAUGGUGGUCAGGAAGACACUCGCAUGAAAAAUGUCCCUGUGCCUGUAUAUUGUCGCCCACUAGUAGAGAAGGACCCAACCAUGAAG